AUGUGCAACGGCGAAAGCAACCGACCUACCUUUGGCGGAACCAUUGCGGUCAUGUCCUCAGAUCGCCUGGAAUCCUCACGAUCGUCUUCACCAGAUUCCAUUGCCUCAUCCUCUUCCUCCACGCUUUCCAUGUCCUCAUAUUCGCUUUUCUUCCGCAACUCCGAUGAACACAACCGCCAUACCAAGGCAAUCUUUCAAAUUGACGAUGCACAAACAUAUCAUGCCUUGCGGAGCAGCCGUGAAGUCUACAUGCGAGUGGAAAAAUACGGGGACCUCUCCAACCGUGAAGCCGUCCCUCUGCAUCGGUUUGCCAUGGACUUUUCAAAACUUCCACAUCGGUUUCAGCCAAAUUUCGAGUUCGAGCUGCCCGAGACCCUGGAGCUGGGUGUGUCAGAGAAAGGAGUGAUAGGACGACAGCUUUCGAUGAUGGAUGAAUGUGGCUGUCUAGCCCUUGGGAUUAUUGGGUACAAUUAA